UCGCCGCUCCAGUAGAAAGUGGUCAACCAAUGAGCUGAGAACUGAUUCCUGUGCCGGCUAGUUCACGAGAACUGUCGCAACGACGGCGUACCCUUGGCGCGCAGUGUUGCGGCAGCCGAUCAACCCGGUGGAUCGGUUAUUCGGUUGGUUGAUGAUACGUCGCUGUGGUCGCGGUGAAUUGCACGAAUCGAACGAGGAAAGACACGCGAAGAAAUUGGAACGCGCAACCAUCAGCUAGGGAACAUUGAGACGUCGCACGCGAUAUACGAUGAGGCUCCAGGAAGCGGCGCUACUCUGCGCCGUCUUGACCAUCGUCGCAGUACAUUGUCAAAAGAAUAAGAAGGAUGAGGACAAGAAAGACGAGGAAUUCAGGUGUCCGGAGGGCCAAGGUAAUGGUAAUUUUGCCGAUCCGGCAACUUGCAGGAGAUUUUAUCAGUGCGUCGAUGGAUAUCCCUACUUGAAUCGAUGUCCAUCAGGCCUGCACUUCGAUGACAUUAGUAAGUUUUGUACUUUCAAAAACGAGGCGCGAUGCGGACCCAUCGAGACCACACCAGCACCAAUCACUGAGCCGCCAAUGGAUUUGGCCGAGCGCUGUGACACGGCGAACUGUCUACUUCCGUACUGCUUCUGUUCUAGAGACGGCACGAUCAUUCCUGGCGGUCUUCAUCCAGAAGAGACGCCGCAAAUGAUAAUAAUGACGUUCGAUGGUGCAAUAAAUCACAACAACUUCGAUCACUAUCAAAAGAUAUUCACCCAAGAUCGUUUGAAUCCCAAUAACUGCCCAUUGAGAGGCACGUUCUUCAUCUCUCACGAGUACUGCAACUACAAUAUGGUUCAGAGUCUGGCACAUGACGGUCAUGAGAUUGCGACUGAGACGAUCUCACUCCAGAAAGGUUUGGAGGAUAAAGGUUACGAGGAAUGGGUCGGCGAGAUGAUCGGAAUGCGCGAGAUACUAAAGCAUUUCAGCAAUAUUUCGACCGGUGAAGUCGUCGGUAUGCGAGCGCCUUACUUGAAACCUGGUCGCAACACUCAGUAUAAGGUGCUCGAAGACUUUGAAUACAUAUAUGACAGUAGUAUAGGAAUCUCGCCAUUGAAAGUGCCAAUCUGGCCGUACACCCUCGACUACAAAAUCCCACACGAAUGUAAAGCGGGCACCUGUCCCACUAAAUCGUUUCAAGGUAUUUGGGAAUUACCGUUGAAUGCGCAUUAUGUGGAGAGUUAUGAAGGUGGACAUUGUCCUUAUUUAGAUCAAUGUGUUCUUCACAAUCACGAUCCCGAAGAGGUGUUUGACUGGUUACAGGAAGAUUUUAACAGAUAUUACGAACAAAACAGAGCGCCAUACAUGAUGCCUUUCCAUACUAAUUGGUUCCAAAUCAAGGAAUUGGAACGCGGUCUGUCAAAAUUUCUCGAUUGGGUGGUAACACUACCUGACGUUUACUUUGUAACCGCCACGCAAGCGUUAACAUGGAUGACCGAUCCAAAACCAAUUAAAGCUCUGCAUAACUUCGAAGGAUGGUCAUGUAAGAAAAAAGAGAUUUUGCCUGAACCACCGUGUAACAAUCCACACAAAUGUGCUUUAGACUUCAAGCCUCCCGAAUCAAAUUUCACAACAACUAGGUAUAUGGAAACGUGUAGAGAGUGUCCAAACAAGUAUCCCUGGUUGGGAGACUCGAAGGGUACAGGGCUAUACAGUGAUAAUUACAAUCCUGAAAAAAAAUAGGAGUGUCACUUGAGUUAGAUUUAAUUUAGUGCAAACGAUUUUAUUGUUAUCAAAGUAAAUGUCUUGUAUGUGUGUACGAUAUAGACUUAUUAUCGAUCACACACAACACACACACACACACACACACACACACACACACACACACACGUGUUAACAUCU